AUGGAAAGUUGCCGGGGGCUGCCGGGGCGGGGGCUGGGACAGCCGCACGCUUCCUGCUCCGCACCGGCGGGCAGCGUGGCCUCGCCGUCACCGCCGCCGCCGUGCCGGGGGUCCCUGAGCCGUGCCAUGCUGCCCACCACCCACCGCUCGCCGGGGACUUCGCCGGCAGCAUCCCCCCGCAAUUCCCCCCGCAAUUCCCCCUGCAAUUCCCCCGUCCUCUUCAGGAAGCUCCUGAUGAACCAGAGCAUUCGCCUGCAGCGGCGCUUCACCGUGGCGCAUCCCCUCUGCUUCGACCUGGAGAAUGGCCCCCCGGGCCGUGGCGCGCUGGACCCCCAGGCCAGCCCGGGAGCGGGGCUGGUCCUGCAAGGCACCUUCCCCCAUGGCCAGCGCCGCGAGUCCUUCCUCUACCGCUCCGACAGCGACUACGACCUGUCCCCGAAGGCCAUGUCCCGCAACUCCUCCAUCGCCAGUGACCUGCACGGAGAAGACAUGAUCGUCACGCCGUUCGCCCAGGUCCUGGCCAGCCUCCGCACCGUCCGGAGCAACCUGACCCACCUCCAGGACCGUGCCGGCAUCAAGCGAGCAUCGAGCAGCAGCCUGCCCUCCGGGAGCAAGGCCAGCCUCGCCGAGGAUGCCCACCAGAAGCUCUCGCGGGAGACCCUGGAGGAGCUGGACUGGUGCCUGGACCAACUGGAGACGCUGCAGACCAGGCACUCGGUCAGCGAGAUGGCCUCCAACAAGUUCAAAAGGAUGCUGAGCCGGGAGCUGACGCACCUCUCGGAGACCAGCCGCUCGGGGAACCAGGUCUCUGAGUACAUCUCCAGCACCUUCCUGGACAAGCAGCAUGAGGUGGAGAUCCCCUCGGCGCUGGCCAAGGACAAGGAGAAGGAGCGGAGGAAGCGUCCCAUGUCCCAGAUCAGCGGCGUCAGGAAGCUCACGCACGGCUCCAGCCUCGCCGCCGCCGGCAUUCCCCGCUUCGGGGUGCGGACGGACCAGGAAGAGCUGCUGGCCAAGGAACUGGAGAACAUCAACAAGUGGGGGCUCAACGUGUUUAAAGUUGCCGAGUACUCAGGCAACCACCCGCUGACGGUCAUCAUGUACAGCAUCUUCCAGGAGCGUGACCUGAUGAAGACCUUCCGCAUCCCCGUCAACACCUUCAUCACCUACAUGCUGACGCUGGAGGACCACUACCACGCCGAUGUGGCCUAUCACAACAACAUCCACGCCGCCGAUGUGGCUCAGUCCACCCAUGUCCUCCUCUCCACGCCCGCGCUGGAGGCUGUCUUCACAGACCUGGAGAUCAUGGCUGCCAUCUUUGCCAGUGCCAUCCAUGAUGUUGACCACCCUGGUGUCUCCAACCAGUUCCUCAUCAACACCAACUCAGAGCUGGCGCUGAUGUACAACGACGCCUCGGUGCUGGAGAACCACCACCUGGCCGUGGGCUUCAAGCUUCUCCAGGAGGAGAACUGCGACAUCUUCCAAAACCUGAGCAAGAAGCAGAGGCAGUCACUCCGCAAAAUGGUCAUCGACAUGGUGCUGGCCACGGACAUGUCCAAGCACAUGAAUCUGCUGGCGGAUUUGAAAACCAUGGUGGAGACCAAGAAGGUGACCAGUCUGGGGGUGCUGCUGCUGGACAACUACUCUGACCGGAUCCAGGUCCUGCAGAACAUGGUGCACUGCGCCGACCUCAGCAACCCCACGAAGCCACUGGAGCUGUACCGGCAAUGGACCGACCGCAUCAUGGUGGAGUUCUUCCGCCAAGGUGACCGGGAGCGGGAGAAGGGGAUGGAGAUCAGCCCCAUGUGUGACAAACACACUGCCUCCGUGGAGAAGUCCCAGGUGGGCUUCAUUGACUUCAUCGCCCACCCGCUGUGGGAGACGUGGGCCGACCUGGUGCACCCCGAUGCCCAGGAGAUCCUGGACACGCUGGAGGACAAUCGGGAAUGGUACCAGAGCGUGAUCCCGCGCAGCCCAUCCCCACCACCUGAGGGACCUGGAGUGUCCCCUGCCACCACCGACAAGUUCCAGUUUGAGCUGACGCUGGAGGAGGAGGAGGAGGGUGAGUCGGACACGGAGCUGGAGGGGACCGAGAGCCCCUUGGAUGAGGACAACAGCGGCUCCAAGACACCAGCCACAGAUGACUCGGAGUUGGCUGACACCGAGCACCUGUCACUGGGCCCCGGGAACCAGGACUCGCCUGUCACCCGCCCCAGGGAUGUGGACAACCGUCGGGCGCUGGAGGGGACGCUACCGAAGGAUGGCGGUGGCAGCGGACGCUCGGUGCUGGGGCCCGAGGGCAGCCAGGGGCUGUGCCUGGACACGGAGGGCAACGUCACAUUCCUGCCCCUGGGCACGUAG